AAGCAAGGUCCAAUUAAAUUAUUAAUUAAGGUGAUUGAAUUACCGAUCACUAACUCGUUGUUUAUAUCCGAAUACGAAUAUUACAUCCUGUUGACGUAAAAGGAAUUUCUUCAUUCAGAUGUGCCUUUGAUAUUUUUAUCAACUUUCAUCAAACUAAAGAAAGAUGAUCAAUUUAUAAGGAGCAUUCAUCAAUAAAUCAACCUCUUUAUAUAAAUAUUCUCUCAUAAUGAAUAAUUCAACUAAACCUAAAAACCCUGAUACAAGAGAGAAGCCAUAUUCCUGUGAUAUCCGUGGUAAAUCAUUCUCAGGAAGGAGUGACUUGACUAAACACAAAUGUACACAUACUGGAGAGAAGCCAUAUCAUUGUGAUAUCUGUGGUAAAUCGUUUUCUCAAAAUGGCCACUUGACUAGUCACACACGUAUUCAUACAGGUGAGAAGCCAUACCACUGUGAUAUCUGUGGUCAAUCAUUUACUGAAAACGGUUGCCUGACUAAACACAAACGUAUUCAUACAGGUGAGAAACCAUAUCAAUGUGAUAUAUGUGGUAAAUCAGCCUCUGACAGGGGUGGCUUGACUAAGCACCUGCGCAUUCACACUGGAGAGAAACCAUAUCAUUGUGAUACCUGUGGUAAAUCAUUCUCUUGUAAUAGUCACUUGACAAAUCAUAAACGCAGUCAUACUGGGGAAAAACCAUAUAACUGUGAUAUCUGCGGUAAAUCAUUCUCUCAAAGGCAUGACUUGACUAAACACCAACGCAUUCACACUGGAGAGAAACCAUAUCACUGUGAUACCUGUGGUAAAUCAUUCUCUUGUAAUGGUCACUUGAUUAAUCACAAACGUACUCAUACAGGAGAGAAGCCAUAUCGUUGUAACAUCUGUGGUAAAUCAUUUUCUGAAAAUAGCACUUUAACUAGUCACAUACGUAUUCAUACAGGAGAGAAGCCAUAUCAUUGUGUUAUCUGUGGUAAGUCAUUCUCUCAAAAUAGUAACUUGAUUAAUCACAAACGUACUCAUACUGGGGAAAAACCAUAUCAGUGUGAUAUCUGUGGUAAAGCAUUUUCUCAAAAUAACACUGUAACUAGUCACAUACGUAUACAUACAGGAGAGAAGCCAUAUCAUUGUGAUAUCUGUGGUAAAUCAUUUUCUCAAAAUAGUAACUUGACUAAUCACAAACGUAUUCAUACUGGGAGAACACGAAACACAUUCAGAGAUAACAAGGAAACUAUCGUUGUUAUAUGUGUGAUAAAUUAUUCUCUCAUAAUGAAUCAUUUAACUAAACCAAAAAACCCUAAUGUAGCAGAGAAACCAUAUUCCUGUUGUAUCUGUGGUAAAUCAUUCUCUCAAAGUGGUCACUUGGCUAAACACAAGCGUACACAUACAAGAGGGAAACCAUAUCAUUGUGAUAUCUGUGGUAAAUCAUUUUCUCGACGUGAUACCUUGACUACACACAAACGUACACAUACCGGAGAGAAAUCAUAUCGUUGUGAUAUCUGUGGUAAAUCAUUCUCUGAAAGUGGUAACUUGACCAGACACAAAUUUACACAUACAGGAGAGAAGUCAUAUCAUUGUGAUAUUUGUGGUAAAUCAUUCUCUCAAAGUGGGGACUUAACUAGACACAAACAUACACAUACAGGAGUGAAGGCAUAUCAUUGUAAUAUCUGUGGUAAAUUAUUCUCUAGAAAUAAUCAUUUGACUAGUCACAAACGUAUUCAUACUGGCGAAAAGCCAUAUCAGUGUGAAAUUUGUGGUAAAUCAUUCUCUAGAAAUAUUUAUUUGAAGAGUCAUAAUCGUAUUCAUACAGGAGAAAAACCAUGUUAUUGUGACAUUUGUGGUAAAUCAUCCUCUGAAAUUAGUGCCUUGAGUAGACACAAACGUACACAUACAGGAGAGAAGCCAUAUCAUUGUGAUACUUGUGGUAAAUCAUUCUCUGAAAGUGGUGCCUUGACUAGACACACACGCAUUCAUACAGGAGAGAGGCCAUAUCAUUGUGAUAUCUGUGGUAAAUCAUUCUCUGAAUGUGGUGCCUUGACUAGUCACAAACGCAUUCAUACAGGAGAGAGGCCAUAUCAUUGUAAUAUCUGUGGUAAAUCAUUCUCUCAUAGUGGAGACUUGUUUAAGCACAGACCUACACAUACAGGAGAGAAGCCAUAUCAUUGUGAUAUUUGUGGUAAAUCAUUCUCAGCAAGUAGCAAUUUAACUUGUCACAUACGUAUUCAUACUGGGGAAAAACCAUUUCACUGCGAUAUCUGUGAUAAAUCAUUUUCUAAAAAUGAUGGUUUAACUAGUCACAAACGUGUUCAUACAGGAGAGAAGCCAUAUCACUGUGAUAUCUGUGGUAAAUCAUUCUCUCAAACGAGUGCCUUAAGUAGACACAAACAGGCACAUACUAGGGAGAAGUCAUAACAUUCCAAUACCUAGUUUUCUUUUGAAGAUGGUGUUUUAACUAUACAUGAACAUGUUCAUACUUGAGAUAAACUAUGUCCUUAUGAUAUCUGUGGUAAAUCAUUCUCUCAUAAAUCUAUCAUAUAUGCCGAUGUAUCAGACGACCCAUAGCAUUUCCAUUCAAAUGCUGGCUUUACAGCUAUACUUGCUGUAUCAGACUACCCCGAGUUUUCAUGGAAAGCAGUUUGAGCACCAAAGGCACAAGCUUCAUGGCUAAAGGGGUCGGGUGAGUUGUAGUUUCCCCAGUGACUCCUCAAACCUCUGCUUUUCUUGUGUUUCAGUAGCAUUUUAAAUAUGUUUCAAUCAGUAAACUUUGUAUGCAAUAAUUCUGCAGUUUUGGUUUUAAAAUUUAUCCUGUUCUUUUCAAAAAGUGGCAAAAUAUUGUAAAUUACCAACUAUAAUAAACAUCAAAUGUAUCUUGCUGAUGUAAACAACCACAGUGACGUGACUAAGGCGUUGGUUAUUUUAUAGUAACUAACAUGGUGUCAGGUAAACUAUAAUAACACCAUUUACUUGAAACAGAUUUACUUAUAAUGUGUAUAAUAUUAUAUUCUGAUAUAUUAAAACUGUUGUUAUAAAAUACA